AUGGCUGAGGCAACAAUCCUUGACAUGUCGAGAGUUCCUUACAUCCCAGGGAGGAUACACGCGACCAACAACAUGUUCCAGAGAUACGGUCCAAAGGGUUUCAUGGAAAUCCAGAUCCUCCCAAACGACAACCUUUACGUCCGUGUCGACUUGCCCGGUGUUCCAGACGACGCCGUCCGCCACAGAGUCGACUCCGUUAGACAAAAGGUCAUCUUUUUCUCCGGCGAGACUCUCAGCGACGAAGACGACAAGAAAAACGUCCGUGAGUACACCGGAACCUCCGGUUUAGGGUGUGACUGCUGCGAGAUAACCGGUGUAGAUGCGAAAAUGAAAGAUGGAGUCUUGAGGAUGAUUGUGUCAAGGGUCAAAGUCAAAGACCAUCACAACAAGUGUACUCACACUCUCCCUCCCAACACAGGUAAAUCUGGAAGAUACAGUAUGGAUGAACCUUCGUUCAACAUGAAAAAAGCGGAGGAGCCCCAUCCCUUUGUGGUGAAAGGUCGUAAGCAUUCAUACACUUCAGAACGAACAGAUGAUGGAGUCUUUGUCUUUUCAGUGGACUUGCCAGGUGUUUCUAGUGAUGAUAUACUGGUGCUUCCCAAUGAGAAUGAAGUUAAGUUCUACGGUGAGAACAGGGAGGUGUAUGAGCAUGAUGAGAGUUGCCGUAUCUUCAUGGGAGCCAUCAGCCAUUCUCGCUUUCGUGUUCCUGGAAUUCCACUUUUGAGCCACAACAUCGCUUGGGACGCUGAGUUUGGUUCUCAAAGUCCGUAUCUCACCUCCUAG